CGCUAGUCGGGAUUCAGGCUACACAUGCACGCCUUUGGUCGCCUGGCCACGCGCUUCAUCCAUGCACGAAGCAAGCGGUAUAUGCUCCUUGCCGCUCUGGGACAACGUGUUUACCGUUGCACGGAAUCCACUUUACCCACCCGAAUAUCGACUUUCCGCCAUCGAUUGGCCCGGGGCGGUCACACUGGAUCCCUUCAUCAAUACUCAGCAGCGCAUCACUUCUACGACCUGACGAGAUGGCGAGUACCUCACAUACUCAGCAGGGCAACGCGGGCGAUGAAGACUCCAGGCUAGCACCGACGCACGUCAAGGCGCCGGUCGACGUUGAGACGCAAUGUGGUGUGGAGUUGCCAUCAGAAAGGCAAUGCGGGGGAAGUCUGGCAUGCAAGAGGCACGGCAUGGCAGCAAAGCGGGCAGUACGCGGUCGAAGCGCGCCCUUUGACCAACUGUUGCAGAGGUACUUGCAGAGGCAGUAAUGGAAC